UUAAUUUCCCUCAGCAUUUCUAUUUUCAAUUUAAACCCGUGUUUUCAAUUCAUCUCUCUUGAACCGAAUUCUUCUCGGCGAAGUUCUGAAUUAGACUUCAAUUUUCCCUCAAUUUUCCACGCGAAUGGCGAUCAUGGACUCGCCCGAGAUCGUCGGCGCGACUUCGUCCGGCGCCGAGAAUGGCGGCGCGCAGCACGCCACUCUUCGACAUAGGCUCUCCGUUCCGCCUGUCCCCGGCUCCGAUUCCAGCUCCCCGGAGGCUGAGAGCGCAAUCAAUGACAUCAGAGGUGACAGAAACGGCGCUAGUUUGAUUCGGAAUUCCCGAGGCGGAGCUGCGGAAUCCGAGGACAGGAAGCAGGAUAGGGAGUUGAGUUAUGGCAACGAGGAUGAGGAGGAGAGGGAGGGCAAAGUGAAGGAGGGUGGAGAAAGUAGUAAUGCCAAGGGAACGGACGCAAUGGCCGCCAAAUUCAUGUUCAGAGCAGCGGCGCCUGCUCACCGCAAAAAUAAGGAGAGUCCUCUUAGCUCCGACGCUAUCUUUAAACAGAGCCAUGCUGGUCUGUUCAACCUUUGUGUAGUGGUGCUUGUUGCUGUAAAUAGCAGACUUAUAAUUGAGAAUUUGAUGAAGUAUGGGUGGUUGAUCAAAGCAGGAUUUUGGUUUAGUUCAACGUCACUUAGUGAUUGGCCACUGUUAAUGUGUUGUCUUUGUCUUCCAGUUUUUGCGCUUGCUGCAUUUCUUGUUGAGAAGUUGGUGAAACUAAAAUAUAUACAUGAGUGGGUUGCAGUUUUUCUACAUGUAAUAAUUACAACAACGGCGAUCUUGUUUUCGGUUGUUGUCAUUCUUAGUUCGGAAGGAAUCCAAAAAUGCCAAGACCAAUGCUGCUCAAGCUCAAUCUGCACGUAAGUCAUCACGGAGCAGGCAGCAUGUGUCAUACAUGGAAGCUGAUGAAGAUAAUGAUUCUAGACCUCUCAAGAGACCUCAC